AUGCUUUUGCUGUGGAUAGGAGUUAUCCUUCUGCUGGGAUAUUUCUUGAGUUGUGGAUUCACUUCACCGAUAUCCAAGGUGCCGGGUCCGUGGUAUACACGGUUUACCAGUUUCUGGAUCAAAUAUCAAGAGUUCACAGCAAAACGAAGGGAAUCCGUGCAUAAACUUCAUCAGAAAUAUGGACCUGUUGUUCGCCUGGGACCUAAUGAGGUCUCUUUCACGAGUCUUGAUGCCAUCAAGGAGAUCUAUGCUUCUGGGGGCAGUGGCUAUGAUAAAACCGAAUUUUACAGUCUUUUCAAACAGUUCAAAAUCACAACAAUGUUCUCCACAUUGCCCAAGGAUGAGCACAGCAAAAGAAAGCGUAUCUUCGCAGAGCGCUACGCCAUGACCAAUGUUAUGAAAGCAGGACCUUUAGCUGCUAUCAAUGAGCGUGCAACGGCAUUUGUGUCUCACCCCGGCGGUCUCAAGUCGCUCAAUAUCCCCGAGGACUUCGAAAUAAUGCAGGAAUUGACUUACCACCAAAGUCUUCAAAAAAGUCUUCUUGAAUAUUAUCUACCCUCACUGUCACCUUACUUUCCCAAUUUCCUGCACCCCAGAAGCGCUCCCAAAACAAACCAAUAUGUCCUAGACAUGGUCAACCAAACUACACCGGGGCUAGAAAGCUUCACCCUCCUUGAGAAGCUCAAGCGCAAGGAAACCGGCCUAGAGCUUCUACAAGCAGCAGCCGAAUGCAAAGACCACAUGGCAGCUGGUAUUGACACUACAGGCGACGGCCUCUGCUUCCUGAUGUGGGAACUUUCGCAACCACACAAUCUCAUCUUCCAACAGAAACUACGACAUGAACUAAUGUCUGCGCCGCCCGAUGCGCCACUCGAUAGCCUUUUGUAUCUUGAAGCUGUUAUCAAAGAGGCUCUGCGUUGUUCCCCGCCUAUUCCUAUGUCAUUGCCACGCUAUGUACCCGAGGGCGGAAGAACGAUCGAUGGAUACUUUAUUCCAGGCCAUACUAUUGUGAGUUGUCAGCCGUAUACGGUGCAUCGAGCCCAUGAGAACGUCUUCCCGGAUCCGGACCGAUUUUAUCCUGAUCGGUGGUUGGGUGAGGAUGGGGCUGCGGAAAGGAAUAGACAUUUCUUUGCUUUUGCUGUUGGUGGGAGAGGAUGUACUGGGAAAAACCAACACCCUCCGAACCACGCCGAACCAAACCACAGAAAGAAGACAACUGGCUCUAUCGCGGCAAUGGCAGAUGAUGAUGUUUUCGCGGCUUCAUCAUGUCGCUUCUCAACACGUAUCUCGAUACGAUGGGUCCCUGAGCCCGCGUUCGAAAAUACAGACACAAUCGUCAUGUCGGUUAAGGACUGGUACCUCGAUUUACGAAUGGAUAAGGAGACCAACGCAAUUGACUGGGCAAUUGCUGGUCAAAGGCUCAUUGAGAGUCAGGAUCCACUUCGAGUAUCAUUCACACACGAACUAGACUCGCACAAUGCAUUUGAAAGUGCAGACUGCGGCACAUUUGUCUCCCUUCCGAAUGGCGACGACCUCGAAACAGGAUCCAUGCCUCGUCCUGAUGUACCUGGGGCCCCGAUAAGCGAUUAUGAGGAGAUUUGGCGGGAGUUGCCGUUCAGGGAAGGUCCUGAGGGAUCUGGGAAUGGAAUGUCCUGGGUUCUCGAGUCGGAUGAUGGUGACCAUGGAGAAGAGACUGGAUCGAAUACUGUAUCCAAGACAUUUUUGGGUCGGAUCUGGGGGACGUAUCUCGCUUUGCAGCAGGAUCAAACUGUUGUUCGGGAGAAGGAUGCGUCGGGGGGUUGGAAGGUGAGUAAGAGUGGGAAGAAUGUUAGUGCUCGGAGGGAAGAUUUUGAGUCUGGGUCUGGAUGGCGGGAAAGAUAUGUGGUUGGUGCUGCUGGGAGGGAAUUGCCUUCGAUGCUUGCUGGGUUUGAGGGGGAAGGGAAAGGAUGGUGGAGAGUGCCGGGGGAGAAAGUCGUUGUGGCUGGGAGAUCAUAUAUUGUUCGGGCUUUCGAAGAGAUCGAGACUUCGAGUAAGCUGUAG